AUCAGCGAUGGCAGCGUGGUCUGUGCAGAAGCCCUGUGGGACCAUGUGACCAUGGAUGAGCAGGAACUGGGCUUCAAGGCCGGCGAUGUCAUCCAGAUUCUGGAAGCCUCUAACAAGGACUGGUGGUGGGGCCGAAAUGAAGAUAAGGAAGCCUGGUUUCCUGCAAGCUUUGUCAGACUGCGAGUCAAUCAAGAGGAGCCGUCAGAAAAUUCCAGCAGCACCCACAGCGAGGAGCAGGAGGAGGAUGGCAGCAAAACACGCCAGAGACACUGUGAGAACAAGCACCAGAUGAGGACAAACGUCAUCCAGGAGAUCAUGAACACCGAGCGGGUAUACAUCAAGCACCUCAAGGACAUCUGUGAGGGCUAUAUUCGACAGUGUCGCAAGCACACGGGAAUGUUCACUGUUGCGCAACUAGCCACUAUUUUUGGAAACAUUGAAGAUAUUUACAAAUUCCAAAGAAAGUUCUUGAAAGACCUUGAGAAACAGUACAAUAAAGAGGAACCUCAUUUAAGUGAAAUAGGAUCCUGCUUUCUUCAACAUCAAGAGGGCUUUGCUAUCUACUCCGAGUACUGCAACAACCACCCGGGCGCCUGUGUGGAGCUCUCCACGCUCAUGAAGCAGGGCAAGUACAGACACUUCUUCGAGGCCUGCCGCCUGCUGCAGCAGAUGAUCGACAUCGCCAUCGACGGGUUCCUCCUCACGCCCGUGCAGAAGAUCUGUAAAUACCCUCUGCAGCUGGCCGAGCUGCUCAAGUACACCACGCAGGAGCACAGUGACUACAACAACAUAAAGGCAGCUUAUGAGGCCAUGAAGAACGUGGCGUGUUUGAUCAAUGAGCGCAAACGCAGGCUGGAGAGCAUAGACAAGAUCGCACGCUGGCAAGUGUCCGUGGUGGGCUGGGAGGGACUGGAUAUUUUAGACCGAAGUUCAGAGUUGAUUCAUUCUGGGGAAUUGACCAAAAUCACAAAGCAAGGCAGGAGCCAGCAGCGGGUGUUCUUCCUGUUUGAUCACCAGCUGGUGUCCUGCAAGAAGGACCUGCUGCGCAGGGACAUGCUCUACUACAAGGGCCGGACAGACAUGGAUGAGAUGGAGCUCGUGGACCUGGAGGACGGGAGGGACAAGGACUGGAACCUCAGCCUGAAAAAUGCCUUCAAGCUCGUCAGUAGGACCACAGAUGAGGUUCAUCUGUUUUGUGCCAAAAAACAAGAAGACAAGGCAAGGUGGCUGCAGGCCUGUGUGGACGAAAGGAGGCGGGUGCAGGAGGACCGGGAGAUGGGAAUGGAAAUUUCUGAUAGUCAAAAGAAACUUGCCAUGUUAAAUGCUCAAAAGGCAGGACAUGGAAAGUCAAAAGGCUAUAGCAGCUGCCCUGUGGCCCUGCCGCACCAGAGCCUGCAUCCCAUCCACCAGCGCCACGUCACCGUGCCCACCAGCAUCCCCCAGCAGCAGGUCUUUGCCCUGGCAGAACCCAGGAAGAAGCCCUCACUCUUCUGGCACACCUUCAAUAAGCUCACCCCUUUCAGGAAAUGACAACGGAGGCCUCACAACCCUGAGGUGACUACAAAGAGGAGAACCGGUCUUGUUUCUUCUCUGCGAAAUCCAAGGAAAGUUUCUUGGACCCAGUGCCAAAAACUUCUUUUUGGGGAUCAGUGAAGGAGAGGGCUUGGACUCACUGUCAGUCUUCAGAGAUCCAGCUGCCUUCGUGGGAGGGAGGAGUAAGUCAUGAUGUGCCACUUUGUCCUGCACAAGAAGCCCCUGUGACCUGCUCUAAGGUGGCCUGGACUUGGAGACCCAUGUCAUGCCGAAAUCAAGCUCUGAGGCCGAGUCCCCAUGGGCAUCGCCGGUGAAGAGCAUGCCCCUCCUGCGAUUCCGGACGUGGGAUGCCAGGAGCACUCCUUUUCCUAAGGAAUGACCGGAUUAGAGGAUCACUUUAGCAUGUGGUUUUGAAGGGAAGCCACUUGAUAGAGAUGGGGUUGGUGUGACACUGCCUCUCACUGGCACAUGUCUACUCAUACCUGGAAGGUGAGCUCUGACUCCCUUCUGUAGCGUUCUGGGCACGCAGCUGCCAGCGGUAGUGCAGGUUUCCUCUCCCUGCAAGCUAAGGGGAGAAAACACCGUGCAUCACCACCUGGCGGCAUGGUCUCCAGGGCAGAGUGACUUAGCAUUCUGAAGACACUGCACUUGCAAGGCAAGAGCGGGGAAAGCCUGCUGUAUGCUGGGCUUGUCCUUCUCAAGCCAGGUCCUCUCCCGCUUGUGCGCCUUGUGUAACUCCACAAGCAGAAGUCAUAUCUUGCACACACAUCAUGACCUGAGAAACUGCUGUUCAGACAAAUGUUUGAAUAUAAAAGCCUAUUCAUUGUAAUUUUUAUGAUAAAGUAAAUAUGAAAAUGCAUGGGUUGGAAGGCAUCCUUCAAGAGUAUCCCUGUGUUUCCAGCAGCUGUUGCUGACAUCCUCAUCGAUGAAAUGACAAAGACAUGCACAUUCCACGGAGAACACAUGAGGGACAGAGCAUCCCUACCUCCUGGGAUUUGAAGCCACCUUGUCACGUAAACCCAAAGCAGCAGUGCAUAACCAUGCCAUUGGUCACAUGCCAACAGGUUUCUGGAGGUCACUCUUUAUAAAAUAGAUCUCAACAAAAUAUCUAGGCUCAGAGAUAGCAGUCUUUUUGAGUGAAGGCCACACAGGCUGAUACCUACAGAUAAUCUUUUCUUUGCGUUGUCAAUUUUGAUGAAAGGUAACUCUUAAAGAUGUGUGGAGAAGACAGGCUCUGCCAGAGAGAUGCCGCUUUAAUCAGUGCACUGGAUGGCAGGCAUCCUGCUGGACAGCUUGUGAAUUGCUGUUUGAGAAGCUCAUUUUUGUGCGCUACUCUUGCAAACUUUUUUUUUUCUAAUAGGUCCAUGCUUGAGAAUAAACAAAUCUGUCAUGUGAAAGACAAAGUUGUAAUCUUAGGUUUCCAAGCAUAUGGUUCCUCCGUUCUCCCCUGCCUUCCCCCAUAUCCAGAGCUGCCUUGAAGGAAGUGACGUCAUGCAUCAAGAAAACAACCCUGGACCUCGCCGGGGGCCCACGGAGCAUUCUGUGACUAUUUGUGACCCUGCUGUGCCACCUUGGCGAGUGUGCUUGUGGGCAGCGCUGCUGAGAGGUUGCAGUGCCCCCUGACUAACAGCCACUCGGUUGCUUCUGUGGCUCUUCACACUUGUGUCCUGCAUAGAAACUGCUCUUGCUCCGUGGGGAAGACUCUCUGGAGAGCUGUGGCCUUGUGCAUGCAAGUGCCGCAUAGCUGUGUGUAUGUGUGUUUGCUUCUUGAAGAGACAGCUUUAGUUGCAUUUAUAUAACUGACCUUUUUACUAACAAAAUGUACUGAUAUAUUUUGGGAACUAAAUAUACUUUUCUUGGACACCUCAACAAUAACUGUAGGAGUCUGUGCUAAAUAGAGUUGUUUAUAUGUACAGCAAUUUUGAAGUUUUUUUUUUAAUGUAAUAUAAGAGAAUUACUUUAAGGAAAUAAAGAGAAUAAUUUGCUUUUGUUACAUUUUCAGUGAGGAUUCAGUUUAAGUAAAGAGUCACUCAGA